UCGUUGCAAUAGCAUUUACCUCGGGAGCACAAAAAUUGAUGUCACCAUCCUUGUCCCGGCGACUCUGAAUCGAAAAGUAAGAAGAAGCAGUUUUCAUCAUCACGAUAUGGUUCGAUUCUAUCCAGAAUCAAUAGCAUAGCCUAAACAUCACUAGCCUUUCCUCGGUUUUCUCUCAUUUCCUCAUGGGUUUGCCCGAAACUGUUGAUUUUGCCCGCAACUUCGCCGUCAUGGUCAGAGUACACGGCCCUGAUCCGAAAGGGCUCAAGAUGCGAAAUCAUGCUUUUCAUCAAUACAAUUAUGGAAAGACAACACUUUCAGCUUCUGGGAUGCUAUUGCCUGUUACCCUUUACGAGGCUGGCUUGGCAAAGCGAAUUUUGGGCAGCAAUGGUAAGGAGGGUCAGGCUCUGGCGCUGAUUGUGACUGUUGCUUCUGUUGUCGAGUCUUUCUUGUCACCGAAACAGAGAGAUAGCAUUUCUCAGGGCCGACCCGAGAUGAUUCCUGGCGCUCAGAUUGAUGUUCUGUUAGAGGAAAAGUUGCGCUUGGAGGGGGAUGCUGAGGGGAGUUUAAAUAAAAGUGCUUCUUCUUGGUUCACUGCUGAACUUAUACGAUUGGUCGAUAUUCCUGAAUCUUCCUUUGCUGUCCAAUCACUCGUUGAAUCCUCAUCAGGCUCACUAGAUCAUGGAUGGGAGGUUGGUUGGUCUCUUGCGUCAUAUGAUAAUGGUCCUCGAAAUUUUAUGGAUGUAACUCAAACACAGACUGAGGAUGGUAAUACUUCUUUCAUGGAGGGACACAGGCAUUUGGCAAUGGGGGAAUCUUGCAAUACCAGCCUUAUGAGCAAGAAAACUACUAGAAUUGCUAUUCUUGGCGUCUUCUUAAGUUUGAAGGUUCUGCCGAACAUUGCAAUUACAUUUUCUAAUAGAAGAGGGGAUUCUCUUUUAGCAGUGGGUUCUCCUUUUGGUGUCCUGUCACCUCUGCACUUCUUUAACAGCUUGUCAGUGGGAUCUAUUGCCAAUUGCUAUCUGGCUAGAUCAUCUACCAUUUCAUUGCUAAUGGCUGACAUUCGGUGUCUUCCAGGAAUGGAAGGUGGUCCAGUUUUUGGUGAUAGUGCACAUUUCAUUGGCAUUUUGAUUAGACCUUUGAGGCAAAAGAGUAGUGGUGCUGAAAUUCAGCUGGUGAUUCCGUGGGAAGCCAUUGCAACUGCUUGCAGUGACUUGCUGCUGAAGGAGCCCCAAAAUGCAGAAAAAGGGACCCAUAUUAACAGGGAAAACUUAAAUGCUGUAGGGAAUGCAUACAGUCACGAGUCAGAUGGACCCCUUUGUUUUGAGUAUGAGCCACUUAUUACCCAUUGCCCUUCACCACUACCAGUUGAGAAGGUAAAGGCUUCUGUUUGUCUUAUUACCAUUGAUGAAGGUGUAUGGGCAUCUGGGGUUCUGCUCAAUAAUCAAGGCUUGAUCCUCACAAAUGCUCACUUGUUAGAACCUUGGAGAUUUGGGAAAACAACUGCAAAUGGUGUAAGGGAUGGAACAAAGUCGGAGGCAGUUCUCCUGCCUGAAGAAUCUUCAUUUUGUGGCUACAGCAACGUUGACAACCAUGAGAAGAGUCAGAGGUUGCAGCCAGAGGUAGUAAAGAGAAAGAAUUCCUUUGUGGUUGAUCAGAGCAAGGGAUACCAAUUGAGUUUGUCGUACAAAGGCCAUAGAAAUAUACGUGUUCGCUUGGAUCAUGUCAACCCUUGGAUUUGGUGUGAUGCUAAAGUAGUAUAUAUUUGCAAGGGUCCUUUGGAUGUUGCACUACUGCAGCUUGAAUAUGUUCCAGACCAGCUUUCCCCUAUCAAGGUGGAUUUCGCUUGCCCAAUUUUGGGAUCAAAGGCUUAUGUUAUUGGACAUGGACUCUUUGGACCAAGAUGUGGCUUUUCCCCUUCUGUUUGCUCUGGGGUGGUAGCAAAAAUAGUUAAAGCCGAAGCUCCUCCAUAUUAUCGAUACAAAGGGGAUUCACAUAUUCCUGCAAUGCUUGAAACAACAGCUGCUGUCCACCCUGGUGGUAGCGGUGGUGCUGUCAUUAAUUCAAAAGGUCAUAUGAUUGGACUUAUUACCAGCAAUGCAAGGCAUGGUGGAGGGACACUUAUACCACAUCUGAACUUCAGCAUUCCCUGUGCAUUAUUGGCACCCAUCAUCGAGUUUGCAAGAGAUAUGCAGGACAUUUCACUUCUGCAGAAUCUUGAUCAGCCUAAUCAACACCUUUCUUCAGUAUGGGCAUUGAUGCCUCCACUCUCCCCCAAGCCGAGCCCUCCUCUUCCUAAUCUACCAUUGUCACUUCCGGAAGAUAAUGACAAGAAAGAGAAGGGUUCCAAAUUUGCUACAUUCAUAGCUGAUAGAAACAAUGAUUUGAGAAGCUCCACUCAACUGGGCAAGGUGAGAAAAACGUCUAGUGAGAUUUUUCCUAGUAAGUUAUGACAAUAUACCUUUCUGUACCAAACGAAGAAGAUAUCAUCAACAUGAUAGUGGAAUCACGUAUGGAAAUCUUUGUUACCAUAACUUCUCAUCCAUGUUCCCAAACUGGACGAAGAAUGUUCAGGGAAAGAAGAGCUUGGGGAGAGUUGAGAUUUGUAACCUAGUCUAAAUUUAAAUACAAGCAAAAUAAUAAUCCUGUACACAGAAUAUAAAGACGCCUUCUUUUGGUUAUAUGAUUUUUAUUGCAUUUGUUUAUUGACGAAAAGGGAUUCAUGUAGUGUCAUUCUGCUGAACCAGUUUAAGUCUGUAUUCCAUUGUGAUGCGUAA